AAAUAUGAGGCAGUAAAUAUGGAAGAAGAUGUGAGGCAGUAAAUAUGAGGCAGUGAAUGUGAGGCAGUAAAUAUGGAAGAAAACGUGAGGCAGUAAAUAUGAGGCAGUGAAUGUGAGGCAGUGAAUAUCAGGCAGUAAGUGUCAGUGGCCGGUAUGAGCCAGGGGCGCUGAUGAGUCGCGCUGGUUACUGCACCUCCUUCUAAUAAACAAGCGAAGAAGAAACCAGGAAGUAGGACAGUUCUGUACUAGCGCACUACUAUACUUAAGAGUAUUCUAAACUAACCCGCUACAUACUCCUUAGUACUCUAGGACUGUUUGGACUGGUUUAUUUAACCAGUUUCUUGCGCAAAACUUUUCCUGCCAGUUAUUAACUAAAGUUAUUGACUCACUGGUAAAUAAUAUGUACUUUUACUUACUUUCUAUGUAGCGUUAUAAGUAUAUCGCGUUAUAAAGAACUAAAAUGGGUCCUGCUAAAUACAGCAUUAUGGCUAAACAUGUCUUCACAAUGGGAAGAUUUGCAUGGAGAAGAUGUUCAUCCUGGACAAAUCCAUUAAUUCGGUUUAAAUCAAACCUGUGUCUUCACACACCACAGAUAUGUACUUAUAAAAAUAUCAAGUGUCUGCAGUGGUAUUUCCCCAGCAGGACUUUCUCACGAACUGUCUGUAAACAGAAGAGUAAAAGCCACAACCCUGGUCAUGAUGAUGAUGAUGAUGAUGGUCAUGAAUUACACAGUGGUGAAGAUGAGGAGGAUUUUAUUGAGGAUGAAGAAGUGGAGGAGCUUUUUCAGCAGCAGAGACCUGCAGGAAUUGGAGAAGACGACCACCGGGUGUUCAUUGUUCAUCCUGAUGUGAAAUGGGGACACAAAAAACAAUACCUCACCACAGCCGAUCUGCAGAUGGCCGAGGCUGUUGGUCUGGUCAACACCUUACAGAACUGGACAGUCGUGGAUAAGAUCAUCCUCUCCACCAAAACACCGGACAAGAAACGAAUCUUCGGGAAAGGGAAUUUCCAGAUGCUCACAGAGAAAAUCGGAAGAACCGCCGGCGUCUCGGCCGUGUUUAUGAACGUCGAGCGUCUGUCGCCGGUAUCGGAGAGAGAGCUGCAGGAGGCCUGGGGGGUGAAGGUGUUCGACAGGUACUCACUGGUUCUGCAUAUUUUCCGCCGUAAUGCCAGAACCAAGGAGGCCAAACUGCAGAUCUCGCUGGCGGAGAUUCCACUGCUCAGGUCACGACUGAAAAACGAAGUUGCGAACUUGGAUCAGCAAGGUGGAGGUUCGAGGUACAUCAUGGGCUCGGGUGAAACCCUGUAUGAGGUGCAGCAGAGGCUGCUGAAGGAGCGAGAGCUGAAGAUUCGCGCCGCACUCGAGAGGCUGAGGAAGAAGAGACACAUGCUCCGAUCGCAGCGCAAACACAAAGACUUCCCCAUCGUCUCGGUCAUGGGCUACACCAACUGUGGUAAGACCACACUAAUCAAAGCUCUGACAGGUGACGUUGCUCUCCAGCCGAAAGAUCAGCUCUUUGCCACCCUGGACGUGACGGUACACGCCGGCCGGCUGCCCGGUCACAUGACCGCGCUGUACGUGGACACCAUCGGCUUCCUGUCUCAGCUGCCUCACCAACUUAUCGACUCGUUUUCAGCCACGCUGGAGGAUGUCGCACAUUCUGAUCUCAUCGUUCACGUGAGGGACAUCAGUCAUCCAGAGACGGUGAAUCAAAAAGUCAACGUGCUUAACGUUUUGAAGAAUCUUCAGAUCCCUGAAAGGCUCGUGAACUCCAUCAUAGAGGUGCACAACAAGAUCGACCUCGUCGAAGGCUACGAGUCAGCCGAUCCCGAGGCCGUGCCGAUAUCGGCGCUCGACGAGCUGGGGCUGGACGAGUUAAAGCAGAGAGUGGAAGAAUCCGUCAUGAAGUCGACCGGGAAACAAAUCGUGAUUCUGAAAGUGGACCUCAACAGCCCUCAGUUAGGCUGGCUGUAUAAGGAAGCCACCGUUCAGGAAGUGCACGACGGAGACGACGACUGUACCGCCAACGUCAAGGUCGUGAUCAGCGCAGCGGCGUACGGACGCUACAGGAAGCUGUUCCAGGUCGCGUAGCGCCACGCACCUGAGGCGUGUCCCUGUCCUCUUUCUGACGCCGGUUAUUCGCUCGGAACAUAGCUGGGUAAAUAUUUAUUCAGGAAAGCAGUUGAGAUAUCACACAACAGUGUUAAAUGUAUUGUAUAAAAAUAUAUAUAUUUUAAAGUGAAUAAAAAUUGUACAAAAGUAACCCAAGUCUCCGUUUCUGUCCCUGUCCCGUCUUAAAGGUUAAUGAGAAAUCUGUUUAAUAAAAGAUCCGACGGAUGUACCUCCAGUUCUCUGAUCCACGGGCGUGGUUCCAGGUGUGUUUAAAAAAAACAGUGGAGUGAAAAGAACAGUUCAGACGUCCAGCUUUAAGGGCCUCUGUGUUUUAUUCAGAGCAAUAAUAAUGGAGCACAGUGGAAUCGACCCUAUAAAAUCUCCUGCAAUGAUGUUGAGGCUCGUCGGGUCAGCUCCGGGUUUCUGAUCCUCCACCCAUCUCCUCACGCACUCCCACUGGUCCAUGGUUAAGG